UCGGCGUUCCCCAGGCCGCGGCCGCGCCCGCAGGUUUGAUGCUGCGUCUGACGGAGCGGAACAUGAAGCUGCUGGUGGUGGCCGCUUUCGUCUUGGGUUCGGUGCUCUUCUUGCUCUUGCCGGGAUUCUCCGCGGCCGACGAGAAGAAGAAAGGGCCCAAAGUCACCACCAAGGUAUAUUUUGACCUACGAAUUGGUGAUGAAGAUGUAGGCCGAGUUGUCAUCGGUCUCUUUGGGAAGACAACUCCAAAGACAGUGGAGAAUUUUGUGGCUUUGGCCACAGGAGAGAAAGGAUUUGGCUUCAAGGGAAGCAAAUUUCAUCGUGUGAUCAAGGACUUCAUGAUUCAAGGUGGAGACUUCACCCGGGGUGAUGGCACAGGAGGAAAGAGCAUCUAUGGCGAUCGCUUCCCUGAUGAGAACUUUAAGCUGAAGCACUAUGGGCCAGGCUGGGUGAGCAUGGCCAAUGCUGGCAAGGACACCAACGGCUCCCAGUUCUUCAUCACCACUGUCAAAACACCGUGGCUGGAUGGCAAGCAUGUGGUGUUUGGCAAAGUUCUAGAAGGAAUGGAUGUGGUCCGAAAGGUGGAAAACACCAAGACAGAUGGGCGGGACAAACCGCUGAAGGAUGUGACAAUAGCUGACUGUGGCACAAUUGAAGUGGAGAAGCCUUUUGCCAUUGCGAAGGAGUAGGGUCCCUUGGAGAUCUGCUAUAUAGGCUGUGCAGGAAGCUCUCCCCUCUCUGGGGACUGAAGCCUGGUCUGGUCCCUGUUCCAGCCCUGGGCUCCUAGUACAGCCCGUGGUGCUGACAUCUGACUGAGCUGACCCAGACAGAAUCCAUCCUCACAUUCCACAGCCCCUCAGGCCCGGUUUUGUAAAGAAACACAUGCCAAUAAAGAAGAAAACAUUUUUUAUAGAAAGCGAGUGGGCUGGGUUCAUCCCUUGCCCUUAAUAAGCAUCUAAGCUUAGCCCAGCCUAGACGACCCCUACCCCUACCCCCCCCCCCCCCCCCCCCCCCCGCAAGAAAAUUCCUGAGGGAAGAGCAGGGUUUAUUUCCUAUAGAAUGAGAUGUCUUCCUUUGCCCUCUCUCCCUUUCUCUUGUGCCCUCCCUUGGAUGCCUUUGGAAGCAAACCAGAAUGUGAUUCCUGCUCUGGACCAGUGGCCACUGGGUAAGAGGAUACCUUCUAGUCCUUGCUCUUUCCCUUCCACUGUCUAGCAGCUGUGCUUCCAAGGAGUGGAGUUUCUGCCUCACUGGUCAGCAUCCAACCUCACUCUCACCUCCACCCUCUCAUCCUGUAUAAUGCCCUUGCUUUUUUCUCACUGUGGUUCCUUUCCUCCAAUAUAAACAGCCCAUUCUUUGUUUA